AUGCUGCAGCUGGACGCGUCCAGCCUCGUCGUGUCCGAUGCCAAGCCGAUCGCGUCCGGCGCGUUUGGCGACGUCUGGCGCGCCACGCACCUCGCCACCAACGCCACCGUGGUCAUCAAGCGCAACAAAGACCGCCGACCCGAAGCCAUCCACGCCUUCAUCCAAGAAAUCCUCCUGCUCGCCAAGUACAUUUCCAUCCUCUCGAAACCAUCGACAUGCCAUUACGAUAGACUCCAGAGCCCGUACAUUGUGACGCUUCUCGGCGUGACGUGGCGUCGGCUCCUCGACAUUGAAGCGGUGCUCGAGCACAUGCAAGCGGGCGACCUCCGGAGCUACCUCGCGAAUUCCGGUCGGCACGCGAUCCCGUGGGCCGAGAAGGCGCUGCUCUUGCAGAGCAUUGUGUACGACCUCGUGUUUCUACACACGUUCACCCCCGUCGUCAUCCACCGCGACCUCAAGUCCCGCAACGUUUUGCUGGACGCGUCUGGCGGCGCCAAGCUCACCGACUUUGGCGUCUCGCGCGAGCUCUGCGACUCGCGCGCGCUGACCAACGGCAUUGGCACGUUCCAAUGGAUGGCCCCCGAGGUUAUCAACGGCUCGUCGUACAGUGAGGCGGCCGACAUUUACUCGUUUGGGGUGCUUGUAUCGGAGAUGAGUACGCACGAGGUGCCGUACACCCAGCGCUGUUUCUCGUCGCAGAGUGCGCAGAGUCUUUUGACCAAGGUCGCGAGCGGCGAUCUGCGACCCGACUUUGACGCGAUGUCGCCGCCUUGGGUCCACGAGGUCGGUGCGCGCUGCUUGGCGUGGGACCCAUGUCUGCGACCGACCACUUUGGAGCUCACGGUGUUGGUGCGGCAGUUUGUCGAUAGUCUUGUGGACGACUAAUCCGCUUGAAAAUAGUGGAGUAUUGCAUCAUGA